CUUCGGUUCAUUCUUUGCGCAACUUUCGUCAAUCAGGCACGGUUGCCUAUCUAUAUAUCACAGAUCUGGAGCUCUGUGGGAGCGCUGUUUGGGUGGAAUGUGAGCAACUGUUGAUCUAACGCGCCAAAAUGUCGUCCGAUCGCACCCCUAAAUAUCGGCAGGAAAUCCAGCAGAUGAUGUUCGUCUCUGGAGAGACUGCCGAACCGUCCGUGGAAACCACUACUUUGAUCGAAGAGAUCGUGCGCCAGCAGGUCGUUGAAAUUCUCGUUCGUAGCACCGCGUUGGCUACCCGCCGCGGAGUGCGCUCUAUCUCGACUGACGAUCUGAUCUUUCUCAUUCGUCACGACAAGGCCAAGGUGUCUCGUCUGAAGACCUUCCUUUCUUGGAAAGACGUCCGCAAAAACGUCAAGGAUUCCGACGACAAAGGUGGCGGCGCGGAUGCCGCUGAUUUCGCCGGCGCCGACGACCCUAUUGCCGGGGGAGUGGUGGCUGGCCCACAAGAUGUCGCCUCCAAACCCAAGAACAAGAGAGCUCGAGUCGGUCUGGCCUGGGACGUCAACAGCUUCUACUCCGUGCAGGUUCCCGAGAGAGAUGACGAGGAGGACGAAGAAGAGGAGGAACAGAACUAUGCAACCCUGCAGCGGCUGGCCGCCGCCGACGAGCGCACCAAGCACAUGACCAAGGAAGAAUACGUGUUCUGGUCCGAAUGUCGCCAGGCAUCGUUCACCUACCGCAAGAGCAAGCGGUUCAGGGAGUGGGCCGGAUUCGGCAUCGUGACCGAGUCGAAACCCAACGACGAUAUUGUCGAUAUCCUCGGUUUCCUCACCUUCGAGAUCGUGCAGACCUUGACCGAAGAGGCUCUGAAGGUCAAGGAACGUGAAGAGCGCGAAAAGAACCGUCGUGGCGGAACGGAGAACGGCGAGAGCACCAAGAAACGCAAGCGCGAGACCGGUCUCUUCGAUCCUCCCGAGGAAGGCCGCACCCCGGUGGAACCCAAGCACAUUCGCGAAGCCUAUCGCAAGCUCCAAGCGACCCCCAGCAAGAACAUUGCGAUGCUUCUGCACAAUGGAAGUCUCCCUGCUCGCAUGCCUUUGAGACUGAUUUGAUUGAUGGUCCUCGGGCACUGGUUUCCGCCAUCCCCAUGUACAACAAUUGGGUUCUUCCCUACGAGACUACGCAUAAUGAUUUUGUACGAUAUUGGCUUUUGAUUUAGCAGGAGGGCUGACAUUUCUGUCCGGUCGAAGCAGCGCACUCGGCGUUCAGGAUUCAUAUUUGGACUGUUCAACAGCAGAUUUAAUACCAGGUGUUAUUGACCGACAUUGCUGAAUGGAAACAAGAUGAA